AUGGCGAAGUUCACUGCACGACGGAGCAAACCUGAGCUAGUGGCUCCAGCCUGGGCCACGCCAAAUGAGCGCAAGUAUCUCUCUGAUAUUGACAACCAACCUUCUCUACGGUUCUACGCUACUUUUGUUGAAUUCUUCCAACCUAGUAGUACUUUCGAUGGCUCUAGGCCAUCUGAUCCGGCAAAAGCUAUCAAGUCUGCCCUUGCAGACGCCUUGGUGUACUACUAUCCUAUUGCUGGUCGCCUCACAGAGCUUCCAGAGGGUAGGCUGGUGGUAGACUGCACUGCGGAAGGAGUGGUGUUUGUGGAGGCAGAUGCAGAUGUGGGGCUGGAAGAGCUUGUUUACUCCAUUUAA